GCGGCGGCGGUUCGGAGUGGCGGCGCUGCGAGGGGUCGCAAUGUGCCGAGCCGCAGCUGGUGGGAUGUGCUGGAUGUGGCUGUCAAAGGAGCGGCUGCUGUCAGUGUGGCUACAGAAAUGUGCCUCUGGGGUGGUUUCUGCCCCUCUGGCUGAGGAAGGUGGAAGAGGGAUGGAAGUGGCAAUAAAAUUGCUCAUCCAGUUACUGGCAAAACCACCUUGGGGCUCCCUUUAACUCUGUAUUGUAAUUUUGUCUCGAAUCCUGCUGUGUGACUGCCCAUUUGCUCAGUCUCAUGAGGUCCUUGGGCAGUUAUCUUCAUGGAAUCUUUGCACUGAGAAGCAGAAGAUCCCAAGCUGGGAACUUCUUACUUUGACAAACCCCGAAUGUACUGUUCCACGAGCAAAAAAGAAACCAUUUUUUGCCAUCUGUGCUGCCAGCAGCACAAACUCCUACCUGUUGCCACCUAAGAGCAGGAGAAGCUGUAUGAUGAAGGCUUUCCCUUUUCUGAAGAACCUCAGUUUACAGAACAACAUGAAAUGCUCAGGUGAGUGCCCAAACUACCUGCUGCAAAGAGGAACCCUAAUACACCUCUGACAGAGACCAACCCAUGCUGCAGAUGAGGCUGUCGCCGGGUGGCUCACACAGAGAAAAGAGAGAAUGAAAACACUCGGCCGGGCUCAGAGCAGCAGGAGUAACUCGUCUGCGAACUGUUGGGCUCAUCUUCAACCUGUUAACAUGUUCAACAGUUACAAUGUUAAGUUCUACCACAGCAAAGCUCUUACCUCGCCGUACCCAGGAUCGCAUGUUGAGCGUAGCCAAGUUCCUAAAGAUAAAGUGGGCUGGUUGGUUGAGUGGAAAGAUUAUAAUCCUGUGGAGUACACUGCGAUGUCUGUUUUGGCUGGACCCAGUUGGGCAGAUCCCCAAAUCAAUGAUAAAGGUUUUUCUCCCAAAUUCAAUGAGAGAGAUGGAGAAGUGGAAAGGAAGAGUCUGAAUGGUUUGUAUGUGGUUGAAAACGGGAGGCCCCGAAAUCCAGCAGGAAGGACUGGCCUCACAGGCAGAGGAUUGUUAGGGCGCUGGGGACCAAACCAUGCUGCUGAUCCUGUUGUAACUAGGUGGAAGAGGGAUGGAAGUGGCAAUAAAAUUGCUCAUCCAGUUACUGGCAAAAACAUCUUACAGUUUGUAGCUAUCAAGAGGAGAGACUGUGGAGAGUGGGCCAUUCCAGGGGGGAUGGUGGACCCAGGGGAGAAGAUUAGUGCUACCCUGAAGCGAGAAUUUGGGGAGGAGGCCUUGAACUCCUUGCAGAAAUCACCUGAGGAGAGAGCAGAAUUGGAGAAGCAGCUCCACAGGCUGUUCAGCCAGGAACACUUUGUGGUGUACAGAGGUUAUGUGGAUGAUCCUCGUAACACUGAUAAUGCCUGGAUGGAGACAGAGGCUGUGAACUAUCAUGAUGAAACCGGUGAGACAAUGGAUAACUUGCCUCUGGAAGCAGGUGAUGAUGCUGGAGUAGUGAAGUGGGUUGAUAUCAGCGAGAAGCUCAAGUUGUAUGCAAGUCAUAGCUACUUCAUUAAGCUUGUGACUGAGAAAUGGGGAGCCCACUGGAGUGAAGAUCCUGGUCCUGAGUGCUGUGAGUGAUGUAAACGAGGAACCAACAGACACCGAGGGGAGAAUACAUUUUCCAGCUUUGAAACUGAUGAUGUUGUCCUUUUCAGUGGAAAUUCUUUGAAAUUCAGCUGGCAGAAAUGCUUGGCACUGACAAAUAGAGGCUUUCUCAGACACUUCAGAUUGCUGCUUUUGAUUUCUUAGUGAGAAAUGAGAUGAAUGUGGAGCUGUUACCUUGUUUUGCUUUGUCUUCAUUAUUUGCAGCUGUUUCAUAGUAUCUGCAGAUUUGCAUGACGACCCUGGAAUUCUGACUGGUUGUGGUUCAGAGGCUGCUCACUUCAGCUCUGUAUUUUUGCACCGAUUUCUUGUCAGGAGUAUAAAUCCUUAAGGGAUGUGAGUGAGACUUGUAGGAUGAUAACCUGAAUGAUGAAUUAAGUGCUGCAUAAUAAAGUGAAGUUUCUUUUCUAA